AUGAAUAGCAGGUCUGUUCCAGCAGCUGUGCGUCCCGGUCCGCGAAGAGAGUCUCCGGGAGUGCAGAGUGUCCUGCUCCGUGCGCCGGCUGCAAGGAAGGGAACUGAGGGCACAAGGAUGGCCUCAGAAGGGGAGAGCAUCAAUCUGCAAGGCGUGAAUCCCCGGCUCCGGAUUAAUGGGCCAAUGAACAUCAACCACUACGCGACGAAGAAGAGUGUGGCAGAGAGCAUGCUGGACGUGGCACUGUUCAUGGCGAAUGUCACACAGCUCAAAGCAGUGCUGGAGCAGGGGCCAUCCUUCCAGUACUAUGCCACCCUUAUUGUGCUCAUCAGCAUCUCCCUCUUCUUCCAGGUGGUGAUCGGGAUUCUCCUCAUCAUCACUGCGCGUUUGAACCUGAACGAUGUUGCAAAACAACCUCGCCUGAAUAUACUCAACAAUGCUGCCACAGCUCUCAUCUUCAUCACAGUCAUCCUCAACAUCUUCAUCACAGCUUUUGGGGUGCAGAAGACUGGUCUCUACCCUAACAGGAAUUUUAGACCUUAUUAA